UUCCGGUGUUGACGCGCUCACUCGGCGGGCGUUUACAUUGUCGCUCUUUCCGGACGCGCGUGAUCGGAGCUCCUGAUUCUCCGCUCCGGCUCGUCCACACCGCACGGCAGCGUCCGACCGAUCUCAUGCCGUUCUCCUGAGUGAGGGCAGCGGGAGCAUCCCACAACCCGGCUCCUGGCGCUGCUGCCCUUGGCCUGCCCGCCCUUCUGGCCCGGGAAAUACCGUGAGAUUUGAGAGAUGUUGCGGUGGUUGCUGGGAGGAAGGGAUGUGCAAGAACCAGUGGAGAAGUCGCUGGUUCUAUGUUUGGGCGAUGACCAACCACAGAAUCCCUAUACACAACUCCAGGUGCUAAAAGGCCACAGUGAUAUUGUUCGCUUCAUGGUAUGGAUUGAUGAUAUCAGGUUUGCCUCAGCAGGGGAUGAUGGGGUUGUGUUUUUAUGGAAUGUUCAGACUGGAGAGAGGCUUUCUGAGCUAUGUGGCCAUUCUAGACCUAUCACAGGAAUUGCUGUCAUUCCAUCGAUGUAUCAUUUGCAGUCAGAAAGUAGUCGUCUUCUUACUGCUUCUUCUGAUAAGACAGUUAUUACCUGGGAUUUAGACACUGGCAGCCAAAUCCAUAUGUUGGCAGAAUUUCAGUCUUCUGUUAAGUGCUUGAUGGUUCUCGAAAGGCUUGAGGUGUGGCUGUCUGGAGCUGACAGAAUAUGUGUUUGGACCUAUAACGCAGAAUUACUCUGUAAAACAGCUUGUUUUAAAGAUGCAGAUGUAAGUUUAAUGAUUGAACUCUCAAAAAACAACAUUGCUGCAGCUAUCAGGAAGGAACUAGUUAUCUUCAAGCUGGUAACAUCAUCAGAAUCUCACACUUGGGAAAUUACUGAGAUGCGAAGACUAUCAAACCAUGAAGAUGACAUUAGAGCUCUAAUCACUAUAAAUGAUGAUACUUUUGCCACUGGAUCCCAUGUGGGUGAAUUAAUAAUUUGGGAUGUGCUGGACUGGACAGUUAAAGCAUUUGAAUCUCAGUUCUGGAAUGCUGCGCCACAAUAUGACAAACCAGCUGAGAUAAAGAUAUCACAGACUCCAAACCAGUCUGAAACCUGCAUUCAUCAUCUGACUUCAGAUAGAGAGAAUAUUUUUGCUGCGAUUGGGACAGGAAUUUAUGUGUAUAAUCUUCAGACAAGAACUGUGAUUGCCUACCAACAAGUGGCACAUGAUUCCCGGGUGUUGCAUAUUGCAAAGUUGCCAAAUAACCAGUUGAUCUCCUGCUCUGUUGACGGCAGUGUUCGCCUUUGGGUAUUGCAGGAACUUCCUCCAGCAGAACCUGCUACAUCAGGGAUUUUUAGUAUGUGGGGAAUUGGGAGGCCAAACAAGCAGCAAAACCAAUCAAAACGCAAGUUGGAGUGUUCUAUGUUGAAGAUUUUGGAGAUAACUGGUGAUUUGAUUGGUCAUUCAGGUGCAGUGCAAAUGUUCCUCUAUUCUAAAGAGCAUGGAUUAGUAACAUGUUCAACAGAUCACCUCAUCAUCUUAUGGAAGGAUGGACAGAGGGAAUCCCAGUUACGGAGUAAGGCAUUAUUCCAAAAAUUAGAACAAGAUAAUGUGUAAUUUUGAUAUUAUUGUAAAGCAAAUGAAAUUGUUAUGAUAGUUAUAAAUCAACUCAAAAGAUGUGCAAAGUAUUUUUCUGUGGAUUCAUGAUAUUGUAGAUAGUGUCAAGAUACUGCUAAGAUUGCCUUCAUUACUAGUUCUGGAUUUAUAUUGGUGUUGCAAAUAGUCUUCUGAACAAGCAAUUUUUGCUUAUCUGUGAUUUGUAAAUAUUAAAAUAUGAAGAUGUAUAUUUAAAAGAUCUGUGACAAGAAGACACGGCUUUUUUAUUUUUUUUGUAUAAUUUAAAAAACAUUUGGUAAAAAUAUCUUGUGACUCCCAUCUACCCAUCACUGUUGCUCUUUCAUGCUGUAUCUUAAUAAAUAAAUAAACAA